AAGCAAUGCACUUAAACUUAUUCGGUAUUUAACUUCUCCUUUCUCUCCCAAACAAGACAAAGGUUACUUUAGCCACAAAACCCUCGAAGUUGCAGAGUGAAGAAAGCAUGAAACUGAGGUACGCAAUGGUGUGUUCUUCGAAUCAGAAUAGAAGCAUGGAGGCUCACUCUCUUCUAAAGAUGCAAGGGUUUGAUGUGUCUUCGUAUGGAACAGGGGCUCACGUGAAGCUCCCUGGACCUUCCCUCAGAGAACCAAACGUCUACGAUUUUGGAACCCCUUACAAGCAAAUGUUUGAUGAUCUCAGGCGCAAAGACCCUGACCUUUACAAGAGAAAUGGAAUAUUGCCGAUGCUUAAAAGGAAUUCAUCUGUGAAAUUGGCUCCUCAACGUUGGCAAGAUAAUGCUGCUGAUGGCUCAUUCGAUGUGGUUUUCUCAUUUGAAGAAAAGGUUUUCGAUAUGGUUAUCGAGGAUCUCCAUAAUCGGGAUCAUGUUCUUAUGAGAAGUGUUUUGGUGAUCAACUUGGAAGUAAAAGAUAAUCAUGAGGAGGCAGCUAUCGGAGCUCGACUUGCUUUAGAAUUGUGCCAAGAGAUUGAAGCAGCCGAAUCAUGGGAGGAUUCGAUUGAUGAGAUCAUUACUGCCUUCGAGACAAAGCAUAGGCGGAAGCUUUUAUAUAGUGUCUCCUUCUAUUGAAGAUGUCUUACUCAUGCUAACGAACUGACUAAAUUCCAUGUCAAUCAUGUCUAUAUAAUGUAUUACGAUUAACCACCUUUGAUAUGUACAAUUGUACCUCUUUUUUUUCUCUACGAUGUAACUCAAAGAAUUUUACUUCAUCCUUUUUAGUUGGACUACAGACGUUCAGAACAUGGAUCAAACUGUAGGAUUAUGUAAAUUAUACAGCUGUAUGAUCUCCAUUUUUUAUGUA